UUUUAGAAUAAUAGCAAUGAAUGAAGAAGGAGGAUAUCUAGGUGCGAUGACAUAUCAGUGCUUGUACAGUGGCGUACUGGAUCGUAUUGUGCAAAAUCGUCGGAAUGACGAUAGCGCUGUUCAUGUGAUCCAACGGUUGCGAAGUACUUUGAGACAGGCUGAUAUUUCUUCGCCGUCUUUUCUUUUCGAUUUCACGAAAGUCUUACUGAUUGGCUCAGAAUUGAAUGUUAACCUUCAGGAAGCUUUCUUGCGAAGACAGGCAACUGCACCAACUGAUGAUUUAGAAUUACCAAAUCUUCAUCAAAGAGAAUAUCAGGAAUUGUCGUCGAGGGCAGUUGCUCUACGACGAGUUUUAGCUCGUGUACCUGAAGAGAUGUCCGAUCGGCGGACUUUUUUGGAAACAAUAAAGGAGAUUGCCUCAUCCAUUAAAAAACUUCUAGAUGCUACAAACGCAGUAAUGCAAAUGAUCCACCCAACCGUCCAACUUUCGGUCGAAAAGCGAAAACGGGAAUUUGUUCAUUAUUCAAAACGCUUCAGCAAUACAUUAAAAGAGUAUUUCAAAGAUCAAAACGCAACUCAGGUUUCGAUUUCGGCUAACCAGUUGAUUUUCCAAACAGCUUUGUUGAUUAGGACUAUACGGGAGAAAAUGCGGAAGGUUGGUUCUUAGAACUAUCUCGUCUUUUAAAUGUCCU